UCUCAACUGCAAUCAUAUGCCUAACAUGACGAUCAAGAGGCGUCACAGGAGAUUCUUCGGUUCAAGCUUGGGACUCCUCAAAAUGCGGGCCCUUAUCAUUGCCUUCGUUCUCAUCGCUAUUGCCUACUCUCUCUGUAUAGUUAAUGGCAAGCGUCACAAGGAAAACGAGAUAUGGAAAGACGAUGAAGAUUGGACUAUUAAGCAGUGCAAGAAAGGAAAACGUGGCUGGAAGCCUGAAGUUGUAGAAUGCAUUUUCGGGAAUAAUUUUAAGUUUUUCAUCGGCCGUAAGCGAAGUGGGUCAGCUGGGUUUUGA